AAACGAAACGUUUUUCAUCUGUCAAAUGACAAGUUAUAUCUUUCCCUCUUCAACAAUUGAUUGAGGUUGUAAUUACAUAAGGCUCAAAAUUUACUAUCAGAAUGGCCGGAGAUUCUGUCGAUGAUUCCCAAUUAAAGGGAUUAUCCAAGUAUUUUAACAGCCAGACUAACAGGGGGAGAGCUAAUACUGCUAAAGCAACAUAUGCAGUUUUCGGUGCUCUUAUAUUAUACUUCACCUUAAAACCGAAAUCCAAGAAGUAAUCAAUGAACUGCUAAAUUU